CUUACGUUGUGUCACGUGACCACAGGAAACAAACAUGGCUCCGCGAAAGUGAAGGACUGUUCCGGUUGUCUGUUCGACAAAUGAGAGAAGGACGAAAACGGGAGUUGAACAUUUGCGGGUUUCCUUCAGAAGCAACACCACGAUGCCUUUGAGGAAACGGCUAAACAGAGAAAAUGCUGGAGUUUUGGGUGAAAGUCAACAAGAAGCGAGCAGCACUCAGGAAGACAAUGCUUGCUAUGACAUGGAUGAAGUGCCAAGUCCAGCAGAUACGAGGGAGAUGCGAAGAAGGGAUAGGCAGCACAAGUUAAAGCCCAAAGGUGUGGAGAUGACGGAGGAGGAGAUGAUGAACCUGGCACUCCGUCUGAGUGAACAGGAGGCAAACAUCACAGCGCAGAGGAUUCAGGAGGAAGAGGAUGCUGUGAGGAGGGCCAUCCAGGACAGUAUGUUAAGUGAGUCUCAGAGUUUGAUGGAUGAUGCUCCACUCUGCUUUACCACUCGCCGUAAACUGGUUUAUUCAAAUGGCGAAUCACAGACAGAGACCACUGACAGCAGCACUCAAGAGGGCAGAGGGGAAAGGGCAACAGGUCACAUGUCCAGGACCAGGAAGCGCAGACGAGCGGAGGGCAGUCCUCUGAUGGAGAUGCCUGAACUAUCGCAGACGCAGCCCUCUCCCAGCAGCCCAGAAACUGUGGCUCUGGGAUCUCCUCAGAGCUGUGACUCCACUCAGAUCGAGGAUUGUGACCUCCCCAAAUCCCCGGUCUUCCCCUCAUCCUCUUUGGCUCAGGUUCAAGUCCAGGCCUCAGUCCAUGUCCCCAGACUGGACGAGAAACUGCUUGACUCCUGUGUCACAUCAGGCUUUGUCCUCUGCUCUCAGGACAGCAGCUUGCCCACUCAGAACUCAAACUGUCAUCAACUCAUACACAGCCCCACCUUCCCCAAAAGUCCAACCCUGUGCCCCACAAAACCCACACUCAAAUCUAGCAAUAGACAUUCACAAACUGAGAUUUUAGAUUUGAGCGAUGAUACGCAACCUGCACCAAGCUCUCCACUGUGUAAAAGUCCAGUUCUUGGGCAAACAGACUUGAAAAGUGCCUUGCAAUCAGAAACGGGUAAAGCUACAGUGCUUGUAUUGUCUUCUCAGGAAAGUUCUAUGUCAUUUUGUCUGGAAAAAGAUGUCAGUUUGAUCAAAAGUCCAGUGUUUUUGAAGACACAGCAGGAACUGGACAGAGUUCAGGAAAGCGGGUGUAUAAGUCCAGCGUUUAAGGCAAAAAAAUUGACAGAAAAUACUUGUGAAGAUGAAGCUGAAGAUGCAGAGGAGAAACACAACACAUUGGUUCUUUCUGAGAGGGAGCCAACCUGUGACAUGACACUGCACUGGUCUGAUGAGGACGAGGACAACACCACGCCUGUGAUCUGCCCAAGUCCAGUGUUUCGAGAAGACAGAUGUGUCCCUCGAAACAACCAUCAAACUGAGAGAAAGAGUGAGGAAUCUGCUCCAACACAAAAUGACUGCAGAGCCUCUGGUCUGCAGUCUCAGUUUUCUGCUCUGAGGGAAGCCCCCAGUUCCUCUGGAGACUCCACAGCCCAGGACACGGUUCAUUAUUACUGGGGAGUACCCUUCUGUCCACGAGGCCUAGACCCAAACCACUACACCAAGGUGAUCGUUGCCCAGAUGGAGGUGUAUGAGAAGAGUCUGAAGCAGGCUCAGAGGGGUCUGCUCAACAAACUGGAGUGGGGAGAGCCUGUACUGCCACAGCCUGAGAAAUCUUCCUCACCAGAACCAAAUUCACCUGAAAUUCAUCUACUCACGAGGCGCUCUCGGAGACGGAAAGGCAAACUAAAGGAGCCUGAAUCUGAUGAAGAGCUGGAGGAGGUGGAUGAGGAAACGCAGAGUCAGAGGGAGGGAGAGGAGAAGGGACACAAGAGGGCUGGUGAGGAGACAGUGAAGGAAACAGAAGAGGAAGAACCAAAUGAGGAGCAGAUGCCUUUGAAAGAUCUGGAAGAAGAUGAGACACAGGUGGAGUCAGACUGUGAGGUUUGUCCAGAAACUCAGCUCAGUGACAAUGACCUCACUCAGGAACUGACUUUACCUUCUCAGCCUAUAGCCAUAAGCCCUGAGAUUGAUACAGUCCAUGUAGAUUCUCCAAAUGUGGCUGAACCAGAACAAGCAGAGCACGAGGAACCAAUGGAGAUGCAUCCAGAUUCACAGGACGAGCCGUUCCACUUCAAACCUGCAGAUGUGGAUUUGGAAAGUCACUCCUGUGUGUCGCAGUCCAGAGACGACCCAGGACAACAGAAAUCUAAGUCCCCAGACCUGGACUUAGACCUGGACCCUGGUCCAGAAGGUCCAGUCCAGUGCCCCAUCUGCCAGCAAACCUUCCCCUCGGACCAGAUCGAGAUGCAUGCUGCCUUCUGCGAUGGAGAGCUUGCAGGGGGGGACCGAGCAUCACCAAAACCAAGGAGGAAAAGGAGAAGACGAGGAGAAGCAGAGGACACCAAUCAAACAGAGCCUGGGGUGGCUCAGGAGAAGUGCUAUGUUUGCCUCAGAGUGAUCCCCAUCAGAGAGUACAGCAAGCACACAGAGAGGUGCCUCCAGCGCAACGGACCCCGAGCAGCAGCCACUGGAGGACUGCUGUCAGCUUUGGACCAAUCAGAACACAAGGAUUCAGAGCCUGGACCUUCUGGAUCCAAUGUGCAACCACAAGAAGUGAUCGACCUGAUAGACGAUGUGCCUUUGAUUCAAGUCAGUAACUCUCCCAUUCGUUCAUUUACCUCCAUCUCUGAAGCCCAGGACUGCCUCAUAGAGUUCAGAACACAGCACAGCGGUAAGACACCCAGGCCUGGACUGGGGACUAAACCGGGGACUAAACCGGGGACUAAAAAGGGGACUAAACGGAGGUGAGGAGAAUUGUUACACAUGAACUACGAUCUCAAAGACAACUAUAACAGUUUAUGGACUGUAUUACUUUUUCCUCCACAAUUCUUUGAAAUGGUUUAUCCUGCUACCUCAAGGUGUAAGUCCAAAGCUCAGUUCAGUAACGCUUUAUAAUUGCAACACUUUAAAUAGUCUUUUAAAAAGCAUAAAGAAAGACUUAAUUCAUAAUGAACAUAGUAUAUUAAGAAUGAUUCAGGCUUAGUAACUUCUUUAUAUAAACACCUAACCCCUAAAUUAAAAUCUUUUGCUUUUUGGAACUUUCUACUGUGAUAUUAAGUUUUCCCCUCAUUAAAAACAUGCCUGAAGAGGUUUUAGAUGUCAUCCAUGCAUGUUUGAGUAGCAAUUUCUCCUGAGCCCUAUUGGAACCCUCCUUAUGGUUAGCAGCGUAAUCACCCAUGCUCCCAUACACCAAUUUCCCCUAAAUAUGCAAAAGCAUGAUAUAAAACAAUACUUCGCAACACUUCACAAAGCUGAUACAAUGUGCAGUAGUUUCAUUAGCGUGAUGCACGCUAAUUGUAUUGCGAUAUUGCUCUGAAGGGGGAGCUAUGUAACUCAAAAAUUAAAGUGAAACUAAUUAAACAUUCAUUGUUUUCAGCAAAUAUAGCACUUUCAAAACAAUAGAAGGUAAUGUAGUGAUCUAAUAUGUUAUGUGUUAGAAAGUGGUACUGCGCUUCCAUGGGGUAUUCAUUGCUAAGUAUAAGAAGGUAAAUAAUUCUCAACUAACUAUUUGAUCAUUUUGAAUAAAGUCUUUGUUCAUGCUUUAUUAAGACUAAUUAAGGUGUAAUUAGGGUAAAUUGUUCUGAAGCCAUGUUUACAAGUUUGCCUUAAGCCACAUACUUAGUAAAUCAGCUGGACCCACACUGCAGAAUAGAUGAGUUACCACACCCAUCCUAUAGAGGGCACUGCACAGGAGAAAGAAACAAACAGUUGUCUACUUUUUUGGUCCUGUCACUGUAUGUAUGUAUGUAUAUAUGUAUGUGUGUAUGUAUAUAUGUAUGUGUGUAUGUAUAUAUGUAUGUGUGUAUGUAUAUAUGUAUGUGUGUAUGUGUGUAUAUAUAUACAUACAUACAUACAUACAUACAUACAUACAUACCAUACCAUACCAUACCAUACCAUACCAUACCAUACCAUACCAUACCAUACCAUACCAUAAAUAUAGACCAGUCACUUUGAUUUAUUUUUCCUGAAAAUGUUCUUGUUCUGAAUGUAAAAGGCCCAUGUUGUAAUUUAAUUUGCUUAUUUCAGGUGAAUAAGCCGCAUUACCCAAUGGCCCAUUGCAUUACAAGUGUGGACGUUCGCAUAGACAUAUAUCAUAGUCAAAUCACAGUGAUUUCAACUGUUUCUAAAUACUAUGCCGUGGCCUGUACAUUUGUUCUGGAUCCCAGUGGGGUUCUACUGUGCAAGUGGACAAUUAGUUUUCCACCCAUUACCUAUUAAAGGAGGAACUUGAAAUAGAAGAAAUCUGUUGUCACAAAUUCAACAUAUUUAGGAAGAAAAUAAGUCAUAUUCACAAAGUGUUUCCCACAAUACCACAAUUUGUAUUUACACCUUGCCUUAUUAAAUGGACAUUUAUCAUCGUAUGAUUUCUGAUAGAGCCGCCUUAUCAGCACUUUGUAUUACAGUGCAGUGACUAAAGGCUCCCAGUCAGAUGCACUGAACAGACUUUAAAAGAGAAAAAACUUUACUAACUGAAACUUCCUGUGACUUCUUUGUAGCAAUGUCUGUGGUUUUGUAAUUGUGCUGCAACUGAACCGAAACAAAGUUUCACAGAAGAAGCCAUCAUAACUGUGGGUAAAGGAACAAGGGUUUCAAUGAACGAGCCACACAAAAUCAUAAAAAAACAUUUUGUACAUAAAAAUGAGUUGGGAGUUUGUUACUAAAAUCUAAAAGGGCAUAGCAGUAUUUUUUGCAGUCAACAAAUCCUUACUGUAUUAGGAUUGUAAACGGAAUAAUGAAUAAUUGAAGGUGCUAUUUAUGUUGUGUCAAAAGUUUAGCAAAAGAAUACACAUAACAUUCAUAAGUUAUGUUUUGGGAUUACAAAGUAAACUUUUUUUUUUUUUUGAUAACACAGUGACGCUGCUCUAAUGUGGUUUAAAAAUGGAUUUACAUUAGUGAACAAAAAUAGCAUGGUAAUCGGAGGGUAACUGCAUACAGCCCUGUUCACAUAUUAUUGCUAUGAAAAUAUGAACUAUUUUAGAGAUUGAAUCACCAUUUUCAUCUUUUUCCCUGCUGUAACUGUACUGAAUAAAGUCAUUUGCACAAUUAUAAAACAG